AUGCGGCUGGACAUGAGCCUCAUCGUCCUGUGCUGUGCCGUGAUCGCAGUGUACGAGGUGCCCUCGGAGCUCUUCCUGGCUCUCAUCGAGCGGCUGCAGGCAGAGAAGCCCGCAUUGGGCCUGCCGGUUGCCAUGACUAGUCUCACCACAGAGCGCCCACCGCCCCGCAAGGCGUUCCCCGACCACUACGACAACCAGUUCGACUUUGUCGCGGAGCCGGUCAACGGCUCGCUAGCCAUCGGCCUCUUCUUCCUCUAUUGCUACUCGUGGGGCAUCAUGCACAUUGCAGAGCGCGGCGCAAUCGCACGCGCGCAACGCAAGCGCCUCGCCCCGACGUGGGCCGCCACCCAGCCGUACACGCACUCGCCGAUCGUCGUUGCGCUGCAUGGGCUCGGCUCCUUCGUAGAGAUGGCCCUUGGCGUCUGUGCCAUCCUCUGGCGCGACGACGCCACCUGGGCCCACUCCGCUGCCAUUCUCGCGCUCGCCGUCAACAUCCCGACGGGUCUGCUCCUCACGCCGCGCGUCGGGAUCAAGCACCUCAUUGUCCCCGUGUUCUGGCUCUGGAGCGUCUGCCGCGCGCUCGAGGCGGUGCGCGUCCUCUACCUCAACGACAAGCUGCUGCCAAACCUUUGGAUCCUCCUCCAAGCGAGAUGUAGCCGAGAUGCAGCCGAGUCGAUGCCGCGCAACGACGAUCGGCGAGUGGGCCCCGCUGUGCGACUGGGGGGCUACUACCUCACGCCGUACUCGUCCAAGGAUGGCGGCCGCGGCGACCUCUUCACGGAGCCGCUCUGCUACAGCUUCACCAUCCUCAUCUCGGGGACCACGGUGGUCGCCUUCGUCUACCCGCCUCACUGUAUCCUCUUCUCCUGCGCCGUCUUCGCCAUCGCCAAGCUGGUGUGGCCUCCGCAGCUCCGCAUCCGCACCCCUGAGGAGGAAAGGCGGUCGAGCGCCGCCUACCCCGUGGGAGAGUCCGCGGCGACCGAUUCCAAGGAGGGCGGCGCGCCGCCAGCAGGGCCUGCUUACUUGCCGCGGGCGCUCUCCGCCAACUCGCUGGCGACGCUGGAGAAGAGUGCGCACACGCCGCUGCUCCUGCACAGCACGUUUGGCGCUGGCUUUGCUGCCGCACUGGCUGGCGUGAUGGCGCGCUCCGCCAGCCUCGGCGAGAAGCCCCUCGCCGCCGUGCUCGAGUGGAUCAGCAAGAUCAAUGCAUUUGGAGGGCGCGAGCACUUCGGCAAGCAGUUCUACGGCGGCGACAACGUCGCGUCGAUGCGGCCGAGCCUCUGCGUGCUCACCUACGUCUGGACCGUCUACUUUCUGCUCAAGGCCUACUACGUCGAGCGCAGGACCGUCAAGCGCGCGCACAAGAAGUUCGUCGCCCACGGCACGAACCACAUCGCGCACUUGCACGGCCUCGGCAGCUCCCUCGAGCUCACCAUCGGCAUGUUCGCCAUCCUGCGGCCCGACAUGCCCUCCCUCGCCUACGUCUGCGUGGCGCUCGCGAUGCUCAUCAACGUCCCCACGGGAUUCCUCAUGACGAAAGGGGUGUUUGGUGUCAAGCAUAUUACCGUGCCCUCUCAGAUGCUGAAUGUGCCCGGCUUUGCCCUCUUUGGAGUCCUCCGCGUCGCCGAGGCGUACCGCACCGUAUUUAUCGACCCAAGGGCCAUGCAGGGCAUGUGGGUCCUGCUGCAGGUUGGUACCAUCGUGCGGCUGCUCGGCUUCUUCGUCCUUCCCUUCUCAUCGGUCGACGGAGCGCGCGGCGACCUCUUCAUCGAGCCCGUCAACUACACGAUCAACAUACUCCUCUCGGGCUACAUCACGGUCGGUUUCGUCUACCCGCCUUUUCUCAACCUGGCAUCGCUCCUCCUCUUCGUCGCCGCUCACCCUUACUACAAGACUGCCCUCUCCGCGCGUCUGCGGCCGUACCUCGCGGGGGAAGAGGUGAACGAGGCCGAGGCGUGGCGCGACACGUGGCGCGACAGCGUUGCGCGCAAGUCGGCGGGCCGCGACUCGGCGACCGCUCGCUAAGCGGCGGCUGCCUCGCGCCGCCGCUCACGUCCCCCUCGUGGUGGGGUCUCUAUUUAGGAGUGCGCCGAUCAGGGUUUGCCCGUGUCGGCGCGGAGGACGGUGGUGCGACUACCUCGGUGCCGUGCUAUGUGCAUGUGUUACGUGUCGUUUGCUAUUGGUGCUGUGCCUGUAGGGCGUUGAGCCAGUGCAGUGUUGUUGGGGCAUGUGCAUCGAUCAUGAAGGAACGUCGAACCAUGAUGCAUGUGCUCUGUGUUGUUUGUUGUGCAUGUGCCAUGUGCGGGUGGUCAGGAGCCGUAUGUAUCUGUGUCGUCCGUCCGUCCGUCCGUCCGGAUCUGCGCGUGCGUGCGUGCGUGCGUGCGUGCGUGCGUGCGUGCGUGCGUGCGUGCGUGCGUGCGUGUGCGCGUCGGCCGUGCGUGGUGCGCGGUGAGCCGCGCCGCGCCGGCCGGUCGCCGGUGUAGCCGGCAUCUUGAGGGUCACUGGGGCAGUGCCCAGUGCGGUAAGCGGUACGUAUAGGGUAUUGACGUUGGCAUCUCUUUGG